AUGUGGUCAAUGCAUCCCUCAUUCCUCACGGACUUGAAUGAUUCAGGAUUUCGGGAAGAGAUUAGCGAGGUCCCCCCUCUAUCGGAGAUCAGCGGUUCCCUCGUCCGUGCCAGCACCCCCAGCACCAGCACCGGCGCCAGCCCGGACGAUACCUCAUCGGAUUCUCUUGGCUGGUAUGCGACACAGUCCCCACCGGGCUACCUGGAUGCCCAGAUCAAGGCAUACCAGCGAUCGCAUACCUUUGACGCCAACGUGCAAGCGCAGUUAGACGACGUCAUGGAAAUACCCAAGGUGGAGGAGACGGAGGAGGAUUUGGUGAAUAUCAGACCGGAUGUCGGCGAAACGGGCACUCCCGCCGCCGUUCCACGGAAACGUGGUCGUCCGCGCAAACAUCCACUGCCUGUGCCUGGCAACCAGGCCAAAGUGACCAAGGGUCGCUCGAAGACCGGCUGUAUAACCUGUCGUCGCAGGAAGAAGAAGUGUGACGAGACAAAACCGGCAUGUCUCAACUGCCAGAAGAAUGCGGUGGUCUGUGAAGGCUACCCGCCCAAGGAAAUCUGGAAAAGCGGCCGCCAGAAAAUGGCUGUCGCUCAAUCCCAGUCCCUUGCAUCCGUGCCGCGCAGCCUGCCCCUCCUUAUCGACGGCAUCGAGACAGAAGUCGACCGACGUUUUCUGGACCAUUUCGUCUACGGUUUCAGUCGGGUACUGACACUCAUCAACGAUGACUCGAAUCCCUUUAAAGAGAUUCUGCUGCCCAUGGCCACCCAGCACCGGGGGCUGAUGCACUCGCUCAUGUGUCUGUCCGGGUCGCACCUGUCCGGUCUGGAUCCCGAGCCGAAGCUGAAGGAGCGCAAAUACUUUCACUUCCACCACGCCAUUCAAGAUUUAAAGGACAACAUCAAUGCUUCCUCGUCAAGGAAAAGUCCCGAAGGCGAAGAUGAACCUCUGCUGGUGGAGGACCCCAUCAUCGCAUCCACCAUCGCCCUCAGCCUCAACACCAUCUGUGAAGGCGAGGUGAAGGGCGAGUACCGGCCGCACAUGGAUGCCGCCCGGUAUCUUUUACUUUCUCAAAAACCCCGGAACGAGAAGUUCCGCCAGUUCAUCGUCGAAUUCUUCCAGUACCACGACAUCUCAAAUUCCCUCACCUCACUCGACCGCCGCCCCAACCUCUUCCCUGCCGAUCAACACCUCCCCAACUUUGUCCCGGGCGCGGCUGGACCGUCUCCGGGCAUGUUUGUCGGAGUUUUCGACGGGCUCUUCCGCUAUAUCUCGGAGAUCACCAUACUGCGCGACCGCAUCCGUGAGCGCUACAACGAAAACUACGAACCGGCAGUUGAUUAUCAAACCCUGAGCGAAGCAGUCGCCAUCGACACCGCCAUCCGCAAAUGGGAAACCUCCCACGAACCCGAGACCUCAAACUGGUGUCUCGCCCAGCUGUAUCGACAGUCGACCUGGGUGUACUUGUACCGGACGAUCCGGCCCUCGCGACCGAGCGAGAAGAUCGCCCAGGUCGUCGACGACGGUCUCGAUUAUUUGGAGCAGCUGCCGCAGGACGCUAGUGCUUAUAGUAUUGUCCUGAUGCCCCUGUUCCUGCUGGGCUGUUCGGCCUUCCUUUCCGAGCAGCGCGAGCGCAUCAAGCAUGGGUUUGAAACCCUCAGAUCGUACUCCAACCUGCGAAAUAUCGAGCCUGCCUUGAAGGUCGUCACCCGCGUGUGGGAGAUUAUGGAUACCCAGAUCGAGCAAAGCUGGGACUGGGAGAAGAUCAUUCGCACUAUGGACAUGGAUUUCUUGAUUACUUGA